UCAGCAGUUGUCCUGCUUUCCAAAACAAGUUCCUUUUUCGAUCGAUGUAACAGUAUAAGAUUCCUUCUCCGUUCACCACAAACUCUCCCAAUGAUCGGGAAGAAGAUGCUUCAUCUGUUUUUGGGUUUCCUUUAUCUCCAAAAAUGUAUAUUAUGUGACCGUCUUUGUGGAGAAAGAAGGACUGUGAAUGGUACCGAGGGCCGAGAUGUCAUCCUGAGAGUGGAACGCAAUGGAAUAAUGGGUGAGAUCACAUGGCUAUCAGCUGGACGCCAUUUUGCCACCACUGGAAUAGGCGGCUUUAUUAAGGUCCGGGAUAAACGCUACAGAGGGAAAGUGUACGCCAUGGCGGAUGGGUCACUCAACAUAACCGGGCUGGCCGGAGAAGACCAGGGGACUUACACAGCAAGUACACUAAGAAAUGCAACAACCAAGACCCAACUAUGUGCUCAGUACUACGACCUUCGAGUCUACAGUUGCAACGGCUCCUCAGACACAGGAAGGAUUGUUUCACCGCCAUUGUCUUCUACAGGAAGAACUACGGAAGGAGAUCACAGCCUCUUGAACUUCAUAAGGCUCCUGGUGGCCGCCUGCGUUUUUAUGGCCCUCUGCUGGUUCGUGGCUCACUACGGGAAAUGCGGGACAAGGUCACGUGACGGCGCAGCCACGCAACUUCCGACAAGGAAUCUGGAUUUUGAUGAUGGAACUGAUGGGGCUCUUCCCACCACCGUCUAUGUCUUGGCACAGUGCAAUCUGUGCAAUGCGGUGGGACAUCCUUAUAGUCAGUGUCCUGAGACAAUGCACAACAAGCCUGAGCUCAUGAGAGAGUUCUUCCGCCUGGACAUGGAGGAUGCUCGGAGCUCAACAGCUGGAGGACCUGUGAGUCCAUCUGAGUCUGUGCCAACACCCAAUGUGUCCGUGUCUCCGUCUCCCCAGUCUGUGCCAAUUCCCAAUGUGCCCGUGUUUCCCCAGUCUGUGCCAACACCCAAUGUGCCCAUGUCUCCCAGUGUGUCGGUGUCUUCCCAGUCUGUAGAUUUAACACUGACUUCAUCGCUUUGCUUCCUUUUUUUUUUUUUUUUUUUUUUUUGGUCGGACUGUUUAUUUAAGAUCAAAGAGAAUUGUCAUUUCAACGGGACAAUGGAACCAAGAGGUGGACGCGUUCUCCUGCUCGGUCUGAUGGUCCUUUACAGGUGGAUCGGUGUGAUAUGUGGAGCUCGGAAUGAGGAAACGCGGAUGGUUCUUGGCCCGGCGGGAGGCAAUGUCACUCUUCAGCUCAACAGGGAUGAUGUUGAAGACGUCUCCUGGGUCUACGAUGGUGAUGUCCGGGUUAAAACAAAGCCAGGAGAACCCAUCAACUUUCGGGAUCCCGACCACAAAGGAAACAUGUGGGCCACUGAAGAUGCUUCUUUAGUAAUAAUGAACCUCAGCCUGGAGGAUGAAAAAGUCUACACUGCAAGUCUACAGCUAAAAGGAACACAAGAGAGCUACGUGAUACGUUACGACCUGAAAGUCUACAAGAUAUUAUCAGAAGAAGACAUCCACUUAAAGGGCAACGUCACCAACACCGAGCCUUGUAGAGUUCUUAUGACUUGUGUGGUGAAGGAACCCAACGUGACGGUGACCUGGAGGAACGGAAGUGGUCUAAACAUUCCUGGUAACGUCCUGUAUAUAGAAGACGUUCAUUCGAGCCUCAACAUCACCUGUACCGCCAAGAACCCCGUCAGUAACGUCACCAAGGCUGUAAAUCCUUCGGAGUUCUGUAGAGGAAAGACGGACAUCAAUGAAAGGAAUAAUCACCUGUGUGUCAUCAUUGUUAGUGUUAUUCUAGCUGUCACUGCUGUGGGCGUUACCUUUUAUUUUCUAUUCUGGAGACAACAAAGAUGUUCUGGAGUCAACCACCCUUGGCAGCGCCAGUGGUACCACACCAACAAUCUUGAGCACCGGCCACCAAUGUAA